AUGUCACAAUUCAUAGAUAUAUGUGUACGACCAACAAUCCUUCAAAUAGAUAGAGCUAUAGAAGUAUUUAGCUACGUACACGAUGUUAGAAGAGAUCUUCCUACUAGACUACCAUCUGUUUACGGCGCUCCUCAUACCCAUCCUCCCCCUCCCAAUCAAACCAGCGAUUUCGCCAAAUCAACCAAAAAUAUAAAAUUAAUUUUCCUGUAUGAACUGCAUCUCAGCACUCAAAUUCCUCAAAAUCACGCUCUAAUCAUUCUUCAUUGA